UUUGGACAACCGCAACGCAAGUGUCACAUAUGAAAUUCUCAUGCAUAAAAUACUUCCAUGACCUCUAAGAGGCAUAUCAGGGAAAAAAGUCUCCACAAAUUUAACAACUCAUAUGAAAGAUGACACAUACAAAUGUUCCUGGAGCGGAAAAGAAAAUGGCUUGUCAGUGGACACGUGCAAACAGUGCAGAGAAGAAAGUGCCCCACACUCGUAUUGAGGAUGAAUCCAGCAUACAGAAAAUCUAUUCCUUUGGGAGGAAAUUAGGUCAAGGCAGCUUUGGCGUUGUCUGCGAAGCCACUCACAUCGAGACGCAGAGGAAGUGGGCAAUUAAGAAGGUGAACAAAGAGAAGGCAGGCACUUCUGGUGUCAAACAUCUGGAAAGAGAAGUCAGCAUCAUGAAACAAGUGAAACACGAGCACAUCAUACAUUUGGAGGAAGUCUUUGAGACACCAAAGAGGAUGUACCUCGUGACCGAGCUAUGUGAAGGAGGCGAUCUAAAGGAUCUCCUGCAGAAGAACAAGCACUUCACUGAGGAGGAGACCAGACACAUCAUCAAAAGCUUAUCAGAAGCUCUUGUUUAUUUGCACAAAAAAGACAUUGUUCAUCGUGACCUCAAACUGGAAAACAUUCUCGUGAAGAGCUGUCACCAAGGCAACGAUAAUGAUAUGGUCAAUAUCAAGGUCACAGAUUUCGGACUCUCUGUGCAGAAAGGUGGUGUAGGCAGUGAAAACAUGUUGCAGGCCACCUGCGGGACACCUAUCUACAUGGCUCCUGAGGUGGUUAACGGUCACCAGUAUAGCCAACAGUGUGACUUGUGGAGCAUCGGCGUGAUCAUGUACAUGCUGUUGUGUGGAGAGCCUCCUUUUGUAUCUAGCUCUAAGGAGAGGCUUUCUGAGAUGAUCAUGAAAGGAGACCUCGCCUUCUCUGGCCCUGUGUGGAACACCAUUAGUGAUGCAGCCAGAAAUGUAAUCCGGUGUUUGUUGAAGGUUGACCCAGCUCACCGCAUCACAGCCAAUGAGCUGCUAGAUAACCCUUGGAUUUCAGGAGACACCUCAACCGCUGUUACACGUACAAACGUCUUAGAGAUGAUGCGUCAGUUCCGGAACGCUCCAGAGGACGAGGAGAUUGGGGAGAUGAGCGAGGGACUGCACAGCCUCUCUCUUUCCUCCUCUCAGGACAAAGGGUCAGGGCCGAGAACAUCUCAAGAACUCUCAGUAACCCCAGCUACUUCAGAGGACGUCACAGACAGCAGCAACAGCAGCAAACCCUCUACCCCAAACAAGAAGCCUCUGAAGAAAAAACUAUCAGCCUCAUCAUCUAACGGCAUUAAGAAGAGUGUGUCUAGUACAAAGGCCUGCAGCACUCUUAAUUCAUCCACCACACAGUCCCACACAGGUAACAAACCCUCUGCUCAGCCAAGCACAAAAAGCUACAGCAAGGCCUCUUCCAUCUUGGGAUCCAGUCUCAAACCGUCAUCAACAGAAGCACCAGCUGCAGCAUCCAACUCAAGCAGGCGCGAAAGCUCGUCCCCACGUCCCUCCACCACUUCCAUCCAGCGAUCCACCAAUCCAGCCUUUGGCUUCCGGGCUAAAAAGCGCAGUUAGAACUCAGCGGUGAGACUGGUUGAGUGGUUGUAUCCAGUGCCAAAGGUGAGGAAUACCAGUAGGCCAUGGUGGGCCUGCUGAAUACACAAAUGACUCUUAAAGCCAGACCAGUUUCAGAAGUAAAACUGUACUUUGUCCAAUAGUCUCUAUUUUAGGAUGCAUAUUGGCAUCCUUUUUUAGGGAUGUGCUCUUUUUUGUUGUUGGUUGCUGCUUUAUUUUCAUGGACAUUGGACAGAUUUGUGGUCUCUAACAUAAGCUGCGCUAGUCAUCUUGAAGCACAUUGAAAUCCUGAUGUGGAAUAAAUUCUCUAUGGAGAAUAAAGGAAGUUUAUAUAUGUUUAUGAAGUACUGUGAAUAAUGUAUUGACUGUCAAACAGGGUUUAAUAGCUUUAGCUCUGUGUUUUGCUAAACUAAAUAGGCAAUAACAGAGUAAUUUGAUGCAAUAUUGAUAUAGAAUUUACUAUUCAACACCAUCAGACUAAAGCAUACUGUAUGCCACAAGAGUACAUGUAACAGCUAUCCUGAUGAACUUCCAGUUAUUAGUCUAUUUCACAAACAUCGGUCAUCCUUUGCCAAAUCACAUCAGGUGGUUGUUGAAUGGAUAAUUAUUAUUUUGUCAUAAAUUAAAGAAAA